AUGACAGAUAAUCACAAAACAAGAAUAAAAUUGAUGUCUGGCAAUGUACCUCUAGUGGCUUCCAUUAGAGAUAAGCCGGUGUACUCGGUGCCGUUACAAACAACCACAACCUUAAAUAUCUUCUUGCCCGAUUUAGAUCUUAACGAUAAAAAAACAAAGUCAACAACCAAAGAUAAGGAUGACAAAGAUUUUGGAUGUUGGCAAGCAUCAGUUGAGAAUAAGAAGGGCGAUCAGUGCCUGACAGUGAACAUGGAAGACGACGACAUGGACGGUGGUUCCUCAGCGGGGAAUCAUGGAGAUGACGAUGACGAUAGUGACGCGGAGCUGGAUGUGGCCAAACUGACACAAAGGAACAACAAUCCAAAGAACGAUCAACUGAAAUCGACAUUUUAUUACAUGUCUUGGGACAUUCCAGCUGGUGAGCAGAAGGAGCAGGAGUGCGUGAGUGUCAUCGUCAUGAAGGAACCAGAUAUCGUUGUCAUGUUUAAGGCAACUGGAAAAACCGAAAAAGCCACCAAAUCAGAACUCUUGAUGAACUUGAUGAUUGAUAUCGCAGAUAAUUGUCUCAAACGUUUGAGAAAAAUGAAGGACUUGCAACUGCCCAAAAUCAGCGCCCAACAUACCGAUACACUACCAUUGUCCGAUGGAAGGAUGACAAAAACACAUCUGUUGGAGGUUUCUAAAACCCUGAACGAAUCGAUAUUGCUGACUGACGUGGCUUAUAAAUUUCAACAAGACGACACUUACAUCGGAACAUACGUCCGAGACAUAAUGUCCGCUAGAAAGAACUACGCCAUCGGAAAGAUGGGUGUGGUGGCAGUUAUGACGAAAAAGAGUAAAUACGCGACAGUCGAAGCAUUCUCGGAACAGCUUUGCAAGCACAUUGCCACAACCUGCCCAACUUCUCUCGGAACAAUUUCAGAGUCGGACAUCAAAAAGAUCAACAAGAAAGGGACUGUGAAGAUAGUUCAUUUGCAGAAGAACCAACUUCUCCUCCAGAACUUCCUUUUCGAUCCGACCAUUAUCGUUGCUGAAGCAGCCAGGAGGAGUUUCGUCAAAAUUGAUGACUUUUUGCUAUUUAAAUAA